AUAAUUUGAAAAAUAGGAUGAUACAAAUGUUGUCUCAGUAUUUUCCCCAUCUCAAAUCACACACCACAAUACAAUUUAAGAAGCAAUUAGACAUGGAUAUGACCGGUUUAGAUGGGAUAUGAGCCAAACGCAGGCAGGUGUGACUGGUGUAGAUGGGACAUCGGUGUGGGCAGGUUGGGCUGAAGGGCGUGUUUCCACGCUGUAUGAAUCUAUUAUUCAAUUGAAGUCCAGUCCUACUUGCUGUAGGAUCUUUGCUGUAUACCUGCCACAAAAUCUGAUGCAUUAAAGCGGGGUUCCUUUUGUUCCUCAGCCUCUCCUCAAGCUCCUGAAAAAUAAAUUAAAACAAAAACAGAGGUCACAAUUUGAGAGAGCGGGGAGAUUGGCUCAAGCCGAGUGGCGCGGGGGCGCUGGAGGGGGAGGGCUGGUGGAGGCCGGGCCGAGAGAAGGGCCGAGGCCGGGCCGAGGCGAUCAGCGGGUCACUCACCGCCAUGGGGAAGCUGUCCGGGUGACACAUGGCGAAAAACAAGCGCUGGAAAGAGCUUUGUCCAAACCCACUAUCACUCCCCACCAAGUUUGGUCUUGGUCUCGUACAUCAAAUAACAGUAGUGCUUUACUUCUUCAUCGCCAAUAGAAUUGCAAAAUGGAAUAAUGAAGAUCACAUUAUGGAAAGUUAUGAUGCAAAUGGUUUUCUCGGAACACAUCGCUGGGGAUGUGCACACAUUCCCAUUGUCCGACGUAAGGAGAGACGGGUGAACACGAGGAAAGCUGUGGGCCCAGAUGGCAUCUCGGGGCGAGUACUCAAGUCCUGUGCUACGCAGCUAGCUCUGGUGCUCACUACAAUAUUCAAUCUCUCCCUGGCCAAGUCCGUGGUCCCUGCCUGCUUCAAAAGAUCCAUCAUUGUACCUGUACCUGAAAAUGCCUCCCCAGCUGGUCUGAAUGACUACCGUCCGGACGCCCUCAUCUCGGUAGUCAUGAAAUGCUUUGAGAGGCUGGUCAAGGAACACAUCUGCGCCUUCCUCCCUCGCAACAUGGACCCGCUACAAUUCGCAUACUGUCCGAACAGAUCCACGGACGAAGCGGUCUCCCAGGUUCUGCACACCGCUCUCUCUCACCUUGACAGCCAGAAGUGAGGGCUAUGUGAGGAUGCUGUUCAUAGACUUCAGUUCAGCCUUCAACAAGCCUUUAGCCAUGAUCAUAUUGAAUGGCGGUGCAGGCUCGAAGGGCCGAAUGGCCUACUCCUGCACCUAAUUUCUGUGUUUCUAUGUUUCUAUGUAACACGAUAGUCCCCACCAGACUUGCUGACAAGCUGCUGGAAUUGGGGCUCAACACCCUCCUGUGUGCCUGGGUCCUGGACUUUCUCACCACCGGGCCCCAGGCAGUCAAGAUGGGAGGAUAUACAUCGAAGUCCCUCACCCUGAGCACAGGAUCCCCCCAGGGUUGAGUCCUCAGCCCCCUACUGUACUCCCUGUACACACAUGACUGUACAUGUUCAGCUCCAACUCAAUAAUCAAGUUUGCUGAUGACACUGUGGUGGUGGGCCUGAUCUCAGACAACGAUGAGAAGGCCUACCGGGAGGAGGUGGCUGACCUGGUACUCUGGUGUCAGGACAACAUCCUCCUCUUGAAUAUCAAAAAAACUAAGGAGCUGAUCGUGGACUUUAGGAAGGCACAUCAUCCGAGGACGUACACUCCAUUGAAGAUAAAUGGGGAUCCUGUGGAUAGGGUGAACUGUUUUAAAUAUCUGGGAGUCCACAUCUCAGAGGAUCUGACAUGGACAUCACACGCCGCAGCACUCGUGAGUAAGGCAAGGCAGUGCCUUUACCACCUCAGGCAAUUGAGGAAAUUCAGAGUGUCUCUGAGGAUCCUCCAGUGCUUCUACUCAGCGGCUGUGGAAAGCAUCUUGUCCGGAAACAUCACGAUUUGGUUUGGGAACUGCUCUGCCAAGGACAAGAAGGCUCUUCAGAGGGUAGUGUGUUCGGCCGAACACACUAUGGGAACUCCACUCGCCCCUCUGCAGGAACUAUACAUCAGAAGGUGCAACUCCAGAGCCAACAAGAUCAUGGGAGACCCCUUCCACCCCAGCAACAGACUGUUCCAGCUGCUACGGUCAGGCAAACGCCUCCGUUGCCAUGCUAUGAAAACGGAGAGGAUGAGAAGGAGUUUCUUCCCUGAGGCCAUUAGGACUGUAAACUCCUAUCUCACCAUGGACUAACUUUUCUGUACCAAUUUAUUGUUGUGUGGUGUCUUUUUAAAAUUGCUGUUUUUUCUUUUUUUUUUUUCCUCCCACUAAUAUGUAAUAUGUGAUUCUGUACCAUUCUGUUUUGUAGUUUUUUUGCACAAUCCACAAGCAUUGCCACUUUUCAUUUCACUGCACAUCUCGUAUGUGUAUGACGAAUAAACUUGACUUGACAUGAUAUGGACGUUGCCUUUAUAUCCAUACAUCAACCAAAAUUUUAGUACGGUGUAAUUAGUGAGGAAUUUUAUUAACCUAUUUUACUAUCCAUCUAUAUUUUUUAUUUAGUCUUUCCAUCUAUUUUUCUUGCAAUCAUUUAUUUCAUUUUACAGCGCUUUUACAUCAUUAGCAGAAGUUUCCAUUAUUUCAACAGCAUAGAGUACAAAUGGUUAUAUUAUCAUUAAAUGCAUUAAAAUAAUCAUUAACAACAGGAUCGAGAAAACCUGUAAUUAGUGUCCAAAUUCAACUUGAUCUAAAUAAGGUAUAAAUUCGUGCUCUGUGAAAGUUUCUGAAUUUAUUAAGAAAUGAAUCAUUUGCUGGCUCAAAGUUGACGUUACUUCUUGUUAACCUCAGAUCUAUGCAACCAUUGGAUUUUUACCUAAAAAAUAAUCAUUAGUGGCUGGAAAAUGGUGUCAGAGAUUUUUUUUUCAAAUCUAAAUCAGUCCUAUUAUGUUACUGUUUUUAGGAUACCCUAUAAAAUGGAAUGCUGUUUUCUCUAUUUUGUACAACUCUUGGGAAUAUCUGGCCCUCGGCUACUCAUAGAGGAGCAGCAUUCAGAAUGGCAUUGAAAAUCUCAAAUCUCAUACUGCCAGAGCACAGUCACAGGUAAGCCGUCCACAGUGUACAGAUACAGGAUAAAGGGAAUAGCAUUUAGUUCAAAAUAAAGUCCGAUUGAAGAUAGUCCAUGGGUCUCUAAUGAGGUAAAUGGUAGGUCAGGACCCCUCUCCACCAUCUACCUCAUUGGAAACCCUUGAACUAUCUUUAAUUGGACUUUACAAUCAAUCAUGCAAUCACAAUAAUACUUUAUUAGCCAAGUAUGUUUUGCAACAUACGAGGAAUUUCAUUUGCCAAGUCAUUCAUACAAAUAAAAAGCAACAAAACACACAAAAUAUAUUUUAACAUAAACAUCCACCACAGUGACUCCUCCACAUUCCUUAACUGUGAUGGGAGGCGAAAAAAAGUUCAAUCUCUUCCCUUCUUUGUUCUCCCAUGGUCGGGGGCCUCGAGCCCUCCGUUGACGGGACGAUCUUGACUCCCAAUGUUUGGGCCCUCCGCAUCUGGGCGAUCAGUUCCUGCAUCAGGGGGAUGUCAGCUCCCCCUCGCUGGACGAUCGAACCCCUCGUCGGGGCUGGUCGAACCUCUGUGUCAUUUGAGCUCUACCGAUUAGCCUCUCCCGAGACUGCGAGCUUGCGCUGGUAAAGUUCACAGGCCGCGGUUGGAGCGAUCCCAGGCAAGGGAUCGACUCCGAUGUUAAGUCCACGCCCCGCGGUGAGGCUCAAAGUCAGUCCAAGGAGGCCUCCAGCUCCAUCGAUGGUAUGCCGCAGAGCGAUCCAGAAAAGAAUUGCAUUUCCGGCAAGGUAAGAAGC